CACGGAGAUGGCGCGGCACGUGCGGUGACGGUGCUCGCGCCAAGGGUCCCAGCUUGCGCCCCGCGUCCCUGGGCGAACAUGGAGCGCCCAGAACCCGAGCUGAUCCGGCAGAGCUGGCAGGUGGUGAGCCGCAGCCCACUGGAGCAUGGCACAGUCCUGUUCACCAGGUUGUUUGACCUGGAGCCCCACCUGCUGCCCCUCUUCCAGUACAACUGCCGCCAGUUCUCCAGCCCCGAGGACUGCCUCUCCUCCCCGGAGUUCCUGGAUCACAUCAGGAAGGUGAUGCUCGUGAUUGAUGCUGCGGUGACCAAUGUGGAGGACCUGUCCUCACUGGAGGAGUACCUUGCAGGCCUGGGCAGGAAGCACCGUGCAGUGGGUGUGAAGCUCAGCUCCUUCUCGACGGUGGGGGAGUCCCUGCUUUACAUGCUGGAGAAGUGCCUGGGCCCCGCCUUCACACCAGCCGUGCGCGCAGCCUGGAGCCAGCUCUACCGGGCCGUGGUCCAGGCCAUGAGUCGAGGCUGGGAUGGCGAGUAAGAGGCAGCUUCUGCCCAGUGGUCUUCACCUGGUGGCCUUCACCUGCCUGUGUCUGUCUGUGGUCUGUGUCUGUUGU